UUUGUCGGUUCAUUACUUUCUAUGUGUGUUAUGAUCCCUUGUUGUCUGCCUACUCAUUGUGUUUCCCUGCACCGUUGGAUUUCUGUUUGGAUAGCUUUUGUGUUUCUGGACUUUGUCAUCAGCCACUCAGUUUGAAGUGCACUGUGCAGGUGAAGCUGGAGUUGGGCCACAGAGCCCAGCUGAGGAAAAAAGUUACAUCAGAAGGCUUCACCCACGACUGGAUGGUGUUUGUCCGAGGCCCAGAGACCGGCGACAUCCAGCACUUUGUCGAGAAGGUUGUCUUCCGCCUGCAUGAGAGCUUCCCCAAACCCAAGAGAGUAUGCAAGGAGCCUCCGUACAAAGUGGAGGAGUCGGGCUACGCAGGCUUCCUCAUGCCUAUUGAGGUCUACUUCAAGAACAAGUGCACUGUGCAGGUGAAGCUGGAGUUGGGCCACAGAGCCCAGCUGAGGAAAAAAGUUACAUCAGAAGGCUUCACCCACGACUGGAUGGUGUUUGUCCGAGGCCCAGAGACCGGCGACAUCCAGCACUUUGUCGAGAAGGUUGUCUUCCGCCUGCAUGAGAGCUUCCCCAAACCCAAGAGAGUAUGCAAGGAGCCUCCGUACAAAGUGGAGGAGUCGGGCUACGCAGGCUUCCUCAUGCCUAUUGAGGUCUACUUCAAGAACAAGGAGGAGCCAAAAAAGGUGUGUUUCAACUACGACCUGUUCCUUAAUUUGGAGGGCAACCCACCAGUCAACCACCUGCGCUGUGAGAAGCUCACCUUCAACAACCCCACCAAAGAAUUCAGGAGAAAGCUGAUUAAAGCUGGAGGGGUAUUGGUGGUUCCAGAGGGGGCUGAAGCUGUGUCGAGACCCAGUCCAGACUACCCGAUGCUCCCCACCAUACCCCUCUCUGCCUUCUCAGACCCCAAGAAGACUAAGACCUCUCAUGUGUCAAAGGAACCCAGCAAAGAAGGAAGUGGAGGCAGCAGCAAAGGACCCAAACCGCACAAGCUGACCAAGGAGCACCGUGAACGGCCGCGAAAAGACUCUGAGAGCAAAGCCACGUCGAAAGGAGACAAUGACAGAGACGGAAGCAGUAAGAGUGGCCGCGAUCCUUCCUCUUCCUCGUCUUCAAAAAAGCCGUCAGAAAUCAAAGUGAAAGAUGAAGUUAAGGUCCUACCCAAGGCCGCCUUUAAGGAGCCUAAACUCACCCUGAAGGAGUCAAAAAUGGAGGGCAUGUCCCCCAAAGGAGGGGGGGCUGGGAGUGGAGGGGGGGGUGGGGGAGGAGGUGUGGGAGGUCCCACAGAGCCCAAAGCCCCGGGGAAACGACCCUCCACUGUUGAGUCUCCCAAACCCAGUGCGAAGAAGCAGAAGAAGGGCAGCUCAGAGGGGCCAAAGGGGCAGACGGGUGGGGCCUUCACAGGAACUUCUCCUCGUGUUUCCUCCUCAUCUGCAGCUAGCCAGCCCUACGCAGAGAAGAAACCUCCCAAGGAAAAAGGUCGCUGGGCCAAAGGAAAGAAUGACACGCAGGAGCCAAAGGAGCCCAAAAAACUUCCAGAGUCAGAAGAGUCGAAUUCAGAGGACGAAGCAUCUUCAAAGUCAGAGCAGUCGGCCCCUUCAAGUCCUUCCAACUCCAGUUCUAGCUCUGACUCCAGUUCAGAUUCGGACUUUGAGCCGGGACAGAAACAAGGGCAAGGCCCCCUUCGAUCCAUGGUGGAGGAGAUCCAGUCAGAAGAGUCAGAUGACGAUGACAGCAGCUCAGAGGAGGAGACGCCCAUAAAGACCAACCCCCCCAACCGCGACUCUCGACUCAGCCUGGACAGCGAGAGUGACAGCAGUGAUGGCUCGCACAGCCCCAGUCGAGACCCCGCCCCUCCCCCACAGAAACACAACUCCUCCAAUAACAAAGUUUCAGGCAGAAAGAGUCCAGACUCCUCAUUUCGCUCAGAGAAGGUGUUGAAGAAGGGAUACGACAAGGUAGGAAGGGCCUACACAGAAGAAUUGGUGGACCUCCAUCGCAGACUGAUGGCUUUAAGGGAGCGUAAUGUCCUACAGCAAAUUGUCAACCUCAUCGAGGAGACGGGCCACUUCAACGUGACCAACACCACCUUUGACUUUGACCUCUUUUCACUGGACGAAUCUACCGUCCGCAAACUACAGAGCUACCUGGAGGCGACGGCCACGUGACAGGAAGUGGAAACCGGUGUGGGGAAACCAGCGUGUAGAUGGCAGCAGCGGUGGAGGUAGACUCGCCACCAUGUCUCCUCUUUAAGGAAGGGGACGAGCAGCCACAUCUGUCGCAGCUGUCUCACAGGGCUGACUGAACCAUCGAACAACUACCACACGAACAAACACAAGCACACACGAAGACACACCACCUUCAGGUGACGCUGUGGAGGAAACUGAAGGAGGAGGUGUGGAGGGGAGGGUGGGAGUGGGAGAGGAGUAGCUCAACUCCGUCUACUGUCAGGAUUUUCACUACACAACCUUUUUUUUUUGUCUUUUUUUUGAGUCUGUGCAGCGCUGUGGAAUGCACCCCACACCCCCUCCUUCACCCUGCACUCAUAUUGCUCCCGCCUUUGCAAAGCCAAUACUCCCCCUCCUCCCCCCUUCACACUCACACUCCUUACUCGGCAGAACACUCCAGUUCCCUUCCCCCCUGCUGUCAGCUGGAGCUCAUUUCUCUCCCGACAUACUCUUGAGUCGUUUGUGUAAUGACUGCAUGUGUGUUUGUGUGUGCAUUUGAGCGCUGCUGAGUUUUAAGAGGUGUUGUCUUUUUUGUUACUGACUUCUCUUUGUUCGUGAAGCUUGAGCACAAACAGCCGGUUUCGUUCCUUCCCCGUACACACACUGUAAACAAAUUCAGAUUCAGGUGACACUUUACUUCAACCCCUCCUCCAUUUAACAUUUUUAAAUAGUGUAGAAGCAUUGAAUAAAUGGUUUAUAACACACUAUAAUGUACUUGGAAGUAGAUAUAAGUGUUCUUUUUAUGUAUUUAUCAACAACUAGAACUCCUCCUUGUUGGCACCCUUACGUGGAGGCUGGUUUAUAAACAGAUAAUGAAUAACAAUAUAGUAAAACACACUAGAGGAAGUUACAAAUUGUUGACAAAUACUGUAAAUUAAUAAACACAAAAUAUCCUUAUAGCUACAUUAUAGUGGGUUAUAAACCAUUUGUUACAUGUUUACAGUGCUUUUAAAUGCUAAAUGGGGGGGGGGGGGUUAAAGUAAAGUGGUACCCAGAUUCAUGCACAUGUUUGUCUCCCAGGUCCUUACACUCAACACUGUACAUGAAGACACUGAGGUGUGCGUGCGCGCGCGUGUGUGUGUGUGUGUGCGUGCGUGUGUGUGUGUGAGAGAGAGGCUGUUUGGAUGAGUUUUCUCUGUUGUCUGAACUUUUGAAAACACAUGUUCUGUUGAGUUUCCCCUCUACUUCCUCGCACUGAAAGCUGAGCCUUGACCUCCUACCAACAGCUCCCCCAUUCCCCACUGAAGCCCACUCACUCCAUCCCUCCUCUCCCUCCUCCUCCCUUAUUCCCAUAUUGGCGUGCAUGAAAGGGCUCGCCUGCUCACGGCCAGAGCAGUGGAGGCUCACUCUUGAAUUGCCUUCUAAGUGAUGGGUAGGGUCGGGUGGGGAUUUCAUAAAGCCGUGAAAAAGUAGCCAUACUUGUCUCCCAGAAUCCAAAAAUAAGAAAAAAUAGGGGCCACGCUUUUUUACAUUUUAUUUUUCUACAAGUGCAUUUUGUGUAUUUAUUCCCAGAUUGCGGUUACGAUAACCUGUGAGCUAUGAAUGUAUAUCGCUUUUACUUUUCUACGGCUAGCAACAGCCCCACUCUAGUGCCUUUUUCUGCGACUUGCAGUGUGAGGGGGGGUGUGCGCUCUGUUAGCCAUGGUCACACAGACUUGAACCCCCACCCCCCCGCCCCACCCCCCAAAUACCCCCCUUUGGGGAAACGAGUGUUAAUAGGGAUGCCUGAAUAUCCAGUAUUGUCUUAAUGGCUUCUAUCCCUGCUACUCCUUUUCCAGUGUCUUUGUAGGCUGUUGCCGUUUUAUCAGUGACGUUUCUGUUAAUCAAGCCCUCUCGAAAUUUUCAGACCACUAAUUUUCACUGAUGGUCAUGUUUUUAUGUUCUUGCUUUCUGAGAUUAGGUUCAGUGUUUUACAGAGGAAGUGUCAGGUGACUGUGUGGUAGUUGCUCACAUUAAUUAGCUCUAGUAACAGUUUCUUCAGGUGUGUUGUGUGUUUUGUGAGAGACGGUUGUCGGUGAAUAUGGUGGGCGUACCCUCUUCAAGCGGGUUGAAGUAUUUGAACUUAUGUGUGGUGGAGCGUUUGAUACCAAGUUACCAGGCACUUGAAGAGCUUCAACAAAGGCAGAAAAAUAAGCUAAACAAAACACUCUGUGUGUUUUCUUUCCCUAUAUAUUUGAAAUGUAUUUCUCAGGGGCCUGCAUCAGGAAGCAAGAUUUCAAGGGUUAGACAGAUAACUUAAACCCAGGCUGGGCGGUCUCACAAAGCUGGCUCAAUUUUACUUUAAGCAAUUUACAUCACUAAACCUAUGCUGCUUGGCAAACCUCCUUCAGAGAAUUUUCUGUUUAGAGGAUUAAAUCAAAACCUGUAAACGACUAGUAAUAAUGAGCACAAAGAAAAGUGUUUACACAACUGUAGAUUCACUUAGAAUUAUGUUCUAUAAACUGCAUCAGACAUUUAAGAAAUGGUUGUACCAGAAGCGGUUACCCAGUGUUUUUAAAAAUAAAUAUUUGUUUGCCUUUUAUUAGAGAUGACAGUAACAGGAGUGGUAACAGGAAAUGAGGGGAGGUAAGAGAGGGACAAUGACAUCCUGUUGUGUGUCAGCGUCAUAACCGUGAAGCCACAGGGGCGCCUGCAGUUGCCCACUUUUUAACAGUGCUUCUAGCAUGUAGCACAAGCAGGUUGGCCAUAGUUUGCGAUACUGAAGUUGCAUUUAAUUGCACUGCAAUUCUUUAAUAGGCUCAACAAAGUUUAUUUUGAAUUAUGCAUUACUGCAGCUCAGAAGAACAUGUAGACGAUGAUCAUAAGCAAAAAGAAAUACUCCCUAUUAAAUAUUAUAGCCACACACUGAAAAUUUGUUUCUAGCAUUAUAUUCACAGCAUCUAGCCACGUAAAACUUAGCGAGGCGUUCUGCUAUACAGAGAUGAAGCAGUGCAAUUUCCACUGCUGAGCAUCAACUCACCCACUGCAUUAUUUUUAAUGUCAGGACUGCAUUAUUACAAUUAUGUCAAAGCCACUUUCCAAAGGAAAUAAAGGUAGACUUAAAAUCGUCGUUUAAUAAUCAAUGAAACCCAUGUUUAGGGUUAGCUUACCGUAACCUUGUUCAGACUGUCAUUAUUUUUAUGUGCACAUUUACUCUCUAGCUCUUUGCAGCAGAAAUAGUGUUAUAUUUAACUGUCAGGUUCUGGAUUGCUCAGAAUGAUUAAUUUGAAAUAUUUGUUCAACAAGAAACAUAUAAGCAAAAUGUCAAUAAUCAACUUUUUCUCACUCUACAACAUGUUCAUGCACAGUUUGAGGAAGCCUUUAGAGUAAUACCCACUAUUAGAUAUAGCUUAUUACUUUUAGUAUUUGGUUAUUGCAUCAUUUGAAUAUUUUUGUUUCCUUUUAAGUUUAUAUAUAUAUGUUAAUAUGAUGUUUUCUAUUUCUUGUGAUCUUUUUAUAUCUUUUUAACUUGCUGCUGCACUGACAAAAAUUCCCCAGGGAGAUCAACAGUUUUAUCAUAUAAUAAAUUAAGGUACUGUUGAUGUGAUGUGGCAUCUUUUUGUUACACCUCUUUAAUGUAAACAAACCCCAACACACUGGUAAAUUGUGGGUUAACAGAGCCAGGAGCCAGCGUUGUGAAACCAGCUCACCAGUGUUAGGUUUUGUGAAGCCAGAAAACCGAAGGAAAGCCAGACUGAGGUGAACUUACUUCUUUAUUCAGGCCCCUGGUGUGUUAGUUCCUGUGGCCCCUCCAGGCUUCUCACACACACACACACACACACACACACACACACACACACACACACACACACACACACACACACACACACACACACACACACCACCAGCCCACUAUGGGACAAACCUUCAAUGAGCCAUUGCCUCCCUGCCUCCCUCCCUCCCCUCCUCUUCUGUUCUUCCUCCCGACAGUGUUUUUAUUCUGACGCUUUGAAAGCUUUAAUACUUCGCUCUCCUUUUCUGUUGCCUGCCUGGCUCAGCGACCUGUACACACUCCCUCUGCCCUUACUGUAAACGCCGCCUGAGCACGGAAAAUGUGUCUCCAAAAAAAAAAGACAAGACAAGAAAAGAAAGAAAAACCAGGAUCCCUGCCGCCUUAUGUGCCCUGCAGUAACCCCCUCCUGCCCUCACCUCUUCCCCCUGUCCCACCCUCAUGUUCUCUAGGUGUGCCUCUGUCAACAGAACUUCAGGCCGUGAUUACUGAGAAUGAACUUUGAAACAGUGUGAGUGACGUUUGUGCAUCUGCGAGUGUGUUUGUCAGUGACAGGAGAGAUUUAAAAACCGACCUUCCUGUCCUCUUCUCUGUGCAUCGAUGUGGGAACUUUUAAGUCCUAGUUCAUGAACUCUGACCUUUGACCAGGCACUCAUUCAGUCCCUUGUUGUUGUGGUUGAGAGGGGAGGUUACGUGGGGAUUCGAGAGAUGCCCCACUGUCUACCCACAGUCAAUGUUUUAUUUAUGGACCUCUGCACUUUUGGCUGUGAUGACUUCAGUACUUAAGUAGUUACCUAAACUGUAUUUUUAAGGAUUUUAUACAAUAUUUACAUGCAAUACAAUAUGAAUUUUUUUUUUCUUUGCCAACCAUUUUGUUUCUUAUUUAAUUGUUUUUAUUUUGGCAUGAUUUGUCACUAUUAUUCACAAACAUGCCUGUUGGAUCUAUUUUAGGCAAAAUGUUAUGGGGGACGUUCCCUGUAUGUUUUUGUGUGUCAUGAUUCUGAUGACAGCUGAACACCAAGAAGCAGGUGUUGGAAAAUAUUUGCUGGAUGAGCUAAACUUCACCCUCUGCUUCCAGUAGGAAUAACUGGACCAGAACGGGGACAAGAAGAGUCCACACUUUGGUUCAGGGAACUGACUGUUGAGCUAAAAUGUUAAAUUUCUGUCAUGUCCAGUUAUGAUUUGGGUGUUUCUUUUCUACUCAUUCAUGGAAGUAUGUACCCAAAAGCCUAAUUGUGUUGUGUUAUGAUAACUUGAGCCUGAAGAAACACAUCAUAGGAAACAAUAGAGUUGUGAAGUGGGAUGGAGCUGUUUUGAGCGCCCCUGGUACCGGAAUAGCAUCAUUCAUUUUUCUAUAGGCGGUGUUUCGUGACUCACAGCUUGAGCACUUCUAGGAUCGGCAUGAAAACUGAUUUUACAAUCUGCCGCUUAAAUCAGUUCACUUUUAAUUUUUGAGUCCCUUUUGGAUGAAUUCCGCCACAUUGGCGCCGCGUUCUGUUAAUAACUGCAACAGUGAGUUGUUUUUAUUUCACUCAUGUUACCUGAUUGGUCCAUCUGUCCUUCUCCAUGGCAACUGCGGCUGAGGCUCAUGGGUAUUGUAGUAUUUAGAGCCGUCCGUUAUGCCAAAAUAACAAAUAAAACAUGAUUUCUCACAAACAAAGUUGAAUUGAUUUAAUCUGGUGGUUCUACUGUACACCUAUAUGAUUGUUACAUUGUCUGGUUCGAGUCCUGGGUGUCUAUGUUAAGCAAUAUUUAAGAUGUUAAAAAAAACUGAAUGGUGAAAACCACUUCCGGAACCAGUGGCCCCUCCCACAUCACAACUCUGAGGAGGUCUGUGGGAGUGGAGCAUUUCAGCUGAGACUAUUAUAUAUAUAUAUAAUAUGUGUAUAAUACAGCAAAAGUAGAAUAUCUACUGUGUGGAUCUUUAGAGGAUGAGGACAAAGCGAAACUAUAGACCUUGCAAAUACAUGGAGGGGGGUGGGAGGGGGCAUGUGCAGACGGGAUAUUUCCUGUGUCCGUGGUCGUCAUAAUGUGUCUGUGACAAGGAGACAGGUUUGUCUGUAUUUAUAAAGGUUGGAUUUUUUUUAGCUGGGAUGUAAAAGAGGGAGGGUGGAGUCCAAAAUAUGUUCCAUAUAUGUGGUCCAAGCUCCAAACGAUGGGCAGAACAAAUGAACUGGAUGAUGAUGAUGAACAAUUUGGUAUUUUUGAAAAUAAAAAAAACUUGGCAUUACAAUGCCACCAUGUGGCCAUAUGAUGCAAGUUGUUAACAAGGACAAAACAUGUUAUUUUAAUGUUAUUUUUUAUUUUGAAAUCAUAUUAUUAAUAAAGUCAUUAAGUACUGUU